AUGGACGACGCAGCCAACCCAUAUGCUCCCGCUCACAAAACACCCGGAGGUCCAGGAGAUGCACGUCCAACCGCCUUACAAAUUGUCGAGCAUGAAGGCUUGACUGGCAAGCUAGAUGGUGCGGUGAUAUUCGUAACCGGCUGCUCCUCCGGGCUUGGUGUAGAAACGGCACGUGCACUCUCUUCAACUGGGGCUACUCUGUUCCUGACUGCACGCGAUCUCGCCAAAGCCCGCAUCGCACUUGGUCCAGAGUUAGCCGACGAUCCUAAAGUCCAUCUACUGAAGCUGGAUCUUGACUCUUUGGAGUCCGUACGACGAUGUGCUGAGUCAUUUCUAGAACAAUCAGACAAGCUCAACAUCCUCAUCACCAACGCUGGAAUUCGCCACGUCCCCUUUUCCAAGACCAAAGAGGGAUUUGAGCAGCACUUUGCUGUCAAUCACCUAGCUCAUUUUCUUCUGACAAAUCUCCUUCUGUCGACGCUACAGAAGAGCUCUACCUUUGGUUUUCAAUCCCGUGUCGUCGUGCUAAGCAGUACUGCGCAUCGUCACUCCCCAAUUGUCUUCUCCGACCUCAACCUCGAGCAACCAGGUGUCUACACGAAAGAGAAAGGUUAUGCCCAAUCUAAACUCGCCAAUGUAUACAUGGCAUCCGAGAUAACACGACGAUAUGGCGUGGUUGCCAAUGCCCAAGACCCAUCCCAACCUGGUGUCUGGGGCCUUGCUGUUCACCCUGGUGGUAUAAGGACAGGUCUGCAAAAGAACUCCGGCAUUGGGGAGGUCUUUACGUGGUACUAUGCCCGGAAUUUGAUGAAGAUGCUGAAUUACAUGAAAAGCCCGGAACAAGGUGCCGGCACGACAAUCGUGGCUGCCGUUGCGAAGCGCUUUGAGGGGAGAGGCGCCCUCUACAUGGAAGACUGUGGUCUUGCCGUUCCCGUGAAAAGGGGUUGGGGCCUUAUUGACCCUGGAUAUGUCCCCGGGCGUACUGACAGUGACGCCGAUGCUAGAAAGCUCUGGACGGUCAGUUGUGGGCUGGUUAGCGUGCAAGAUGAUAAGCGAUGA